GUGUGAGGGAACGCUCGUGAGUGAGCUCCUAAUCGCGUGACAUGUGACUACAAUUCACUACAUAGAGAAGUUUGAAGAGUUCGCCAUACCUUCUUUCCUGUUUUACAAAUAUAUGUGGUAUUGCACAUGAAGCAAAUACUUUGAAAAAAUUCUGACUUCAGUUUCACUUGAUCUAGCACUGUCUGAUAGUAUUCGUGGUGAUAUCUACGUGUGAAGUUAAUUUCUUUGUACUCUGCUUCAACACUUCGUUAUAAAGAUUGUACCGAAGAAAAUGGUCCUCAUUCGUCUGGUAGCUGUCAUAGUGACAUGGUGCUGGAUAGCAGCCGGGGUUGUGGGGAUGGCUGGGGGUCAACGAGCCCCUUGUUACCAGUGUGAGAUGUACAGAGAGAAGCAUCCUCAUUCCCAUCCAUAUACAGCUGUACGAGCCCACUGUGUUUACCCAUGCAACUGCGGACCCAUACCCUCGUGUGGACCUGGGACGCCCAUAAUUCAAGACGGGUGUGGGUGCUGCUGGCAGUGUGCCAGGCAAGCGGGUGAAUCCUGUGAUGGAGUGACACUGUGCGAUAUUUCGAGAGGCCUCACCUGCAGGUACAACACCACAGCUGAUGCCGCCGGCGUCUGUCAAGAAGUAUUUGAGGCGAGAUGUACCGUUAACGGUACUAUCUACGAACAUGGAGAGACAUUCUUACUGGAUUGUCGGACACAGUGCACAUGCCAGAAUGGGACAUACGCCUGCGUAUCCUUAUGUCCGGGAGAGAGCCUGCAUCCAAGCGAAGAGUGCCUCAACCCUCAUCUUGUGUCUGUUCAAGGGCAAUGCUGCAGAGAAUGGAUGUGUGAUGUAGUUCCGAAUGAAACUGAAGGCUCUCCUGGAUGCAACAGGCGAUCAGGGAGCUGGUCCGAGUGUUCCUCUAUAUCCUGUGGAGUCGGGGUAUCAGUCAGAUGGUCAACGGACAACGCCCAGUGCCGUCUGGUUAACCACACUCGAUUGUGCCAAGUCAGAGCGUGUCAGAAGCAAGGACAAUUGGAAGGAGCGUCGUCCACUCCCAAGGUAGCAGCCAUACCUACGAGGAGACACCACAUACGGGCAAGUAUAGUCAUGGUAAUUCCUCAACUUCAGGGACUUUUUCAUGUAAGUCUAAAAUGAUGGAAAUCGCUGUUAUUCAUCAUAU